AUGGCGACUGUCAACGGUGAUGUACCUGCUUCAAAUGGAACGCAAAAUGAAGUAAAUGGGUCGCGGAAGUUCAAGGCCUCGGAGUUGCCCCUGCCUUCGGCGACUCGCAGCGCAAUUGGAGUUUUGUCCCAUACCUUCAAGAGAGAAGGUGACUACGACACCAUCCGACGGCAGGCAUGGGAGGCUUUCCAAGCCAGCGACUACGAAAAGCAAAUCACCAAGUCUAUUCUCGAAGUCGCCGAGCAGGAAGUCGAGCGGAAUCCUCAGCAGCUCCUCACCUUGGACCGGCGAAAAGGUGCAGCACUGAUUGAUGGUGCUUUGGAGCGAAAAGGCAUCUACAACACAGCCGAGGGUAUUCUUGGACAGUUGAUCGACGUUGGAAAAAUCGAGGAGAGCAUUCGAGGGUCGCGUCGCGCCCAGAUAGGUGACGAGGCUGCCGAGGACGAGCGAGUGCGUGGCGCCAAGACAGAUGACGAGUACCUCGCCGACACGAAUGCGAGAAAGGAAGAGAGGCAGAAAAUUCGAGACGAGCUUCGACGAAAGGAGCAAGAGAUCGAGGAGGAGAAGAGACGAAUCGCAGCGGAAGAACGCAAGAAGAUCGAAAAGGAACGCGAAGAGGCUGAAGUGCAACGCCAAAAAGAACGAGACGAACGUCGACGCAAGCGUGAAAUGGAGCGAGAGCAGAGAGAAAAAGAGCGAGAAAUUGAGCGACAGCGGGACCGAGACCGAGACCGCGACCGCGAUAGACGAGAUGACCGCACACGAGACAGAGAUCGCCAGGGUGAUGGAGACCGGGACCGCGAAAGAAGCAGCCGAUUCAAAGAAAAGGAGGAGGUCUCGAAGGAAUUCAAAGAGAAGCUUUCAAAGGAAGAAAAUGAGCGGCUUGAGGAGGAAGCACUUGCAGAUCUUCUCCGAGAGAGUAGCCGGGCAGCUCGCAAGCAACAUGAGCUUGAAGUUGAUGCCGCCCUGGCACCACCACCAAGGAGGACCGGUCCGGCUUCCGCAAUCAAUCCCAUACGGAGAGACUCGCCUAUGCAUUCCUCUUCUCGUAAAGCCAGCGAUAGUGGCUUGAAGGCCGAGGGAAAGGACCAGAAGCCAUCUGGAGAAGCACACGGGAGCGAAGCCGUUCCAGAGUCCGAGACAGGCGUGAACGGAGCCGUUCAUUGGCUCGACGAUACAGGUCUCGAUCCCGGACAAGAAGAGACGAGAGGCCUGAUGAUCGAAUCGAGCGAGCUUCAUCCCGGAGUAAGGUUGAACGACCAGGUACCAGUGCUUCUCAUACACGACCUGACCGGCGUGAGAAGUCCCACUCGAGAACUAGAGAUGCUCGGGAGACCAAUCGUGACCGCAGUCGAGGACGAGACCGGGAACAACCCAGACGUGUUCGCUCUCGUUCGCGACCCAGAAGAGAGAGAACACGAUCAAGAACGAGACGCGAGCCAAGUCAGCCUGGAGCCCAGGCCGACCAUUAUGAUCCGCGGGACCGUGAGCGUGAGCGACACCGAGACCGUCCAGCUGAUGCGGAUAGGCCACGGGAAAGCCGUGGCCGAGACAGAGACGAGGCCCGAGAACGAGAUCGCGAACAGGACCGCACUCGUGAAAGAGAUCGUGACCAUGACCGAGACCGUGACCGCGAGCGAGAUCGUGAUCGUGAGCGAGACCGUGACCGUGACCGCGGUCGGGACAGAGACCGGGAUAGAGACAGAGACAGAGAUAGGGAUCGAACAUGAACGCGAGCGUGACAAGCGCGAACGCUCCUCAUCACGCCCUACCUCAGCAGUCCCCCGCCUGCGUACAGCUCGCGACAACCAAGACCUGGAGGAAUGGAAACUCGAGGAAGUCAAGAAGCGCGAAAAAGAAGCUAAGGCCUACUUGGCUGCACAGAAGGACGCACGCGAGAAAGGAAUUCCAUUCCCGGGCAUCAUGGGCGACAAGCUCGGCCGCGACGAUCCCUCGGCCGGCGACCGGCUUCGCGUCGACCCUGAUAGAUAUGUCCCUGGUGGACGGUCGGACAGAGAGCGUCGUAGGAGCCGCACACGGAGCCGCAGCCGUAACCGUGAUCGGGACCCCAGAGACCGGGAUCGUGAGCGGGAUCGAGAUCGAGAUCAACGUGAUAGAGACCGCGACAGGGAG